UACAGUUAACACUGAAUUUUUCGAACUGUUCCAAUGGCGGGCCGCGGAAAAACUCUAGGCUCGGGGACAGCGAAGAAGGCGACGUCGAGGAGUAGCAAAGCCGGUCUCCAGUUUCCGGUAGGUCGUAUCGCGCGUUUUCUGAAAGCCGGCAAGUACGCCGAACGUGUCGGCGCCGGAGCUCCGGUAUACUUGGCCGCCGUGCUCGAAUACCUAGCCGCAGAGGUGCUUGAACUGGCUGGGAACGCGGCGAGAGACAACAAGAAGACGAGGGUUGUGCCGAGGCAUAUACAGUUAGCGGUGAGGAACGACGAAGAGCUGAGCAAGUUGCUUGGCGAUGUGACAAUCGCGAGCGGAGGCGUGAUGCCUAACAUCCAUAAUCUUCUUCUUCCCAAGAAGGCCGGCGGUUCGUCCAAAGCGGCUGAUGAAGAUUAAACCCCGAAAUGGGCAUCUCAUACUUAGAUUUCUUCUUCCUUGUUUUGGGGGUUUCUUGCAUUUGAAUCAAUCGGUGUUCAUGUGAUUAGAAAAUUAGGAUUCCAGAGAUUCUCGCUUCUUGUGUCUCGUCCCCUAUAUAUACAACCGUUUGUCUUGUAUCAUGAAUUUUAUACUAAUAAAAAUUUUAUUUUUCA